UUCUGCUGCUCUUGCCACCUUCUACAAGUUGUUUCUUAUUUAGCUGCCAAAUGUCAAAAAGUCAGACGUGCACAUGUGUUUUCUAAAGAGCACAUCAUGUGUCUGGGAGGAGUUGAGGUUGAGCUGAGGUGGGGGUAUGUGAGGGGAGCAUUUAGCUCACUUUUCCACCGUGCGAGCUGUCAUUCUCCUCUCACGCAGCUGUGGAAAUGAGAUAAAACUGAGCUGCCACUUUUGGAAGCUCUCACUCACUCACUUGUGCAGCCAGAAACCUCUGAAGUACAAACGUUUGGUGACUGGUCAUUGUGCUGGAUGGCAGCUGUAUUCUGUGAGCAGAGGGGGGAUCAACAGGUGGAGCCAAUGAAGAUCUGAUUCCUGCAGUUUGUGGAAUUUUUUUUUUGUGAUUUUAUUUUUGUCUCUUUUUGUUUUUUCUCUCAAACUUGAUCUUUUUUUAGGAAGACUACACUGAACUACAACUCAGAAGACUAGCACGCCUCUGAAGAGACUAUGAAUGUGCUGUCAAACCCAGUGAUCAGGGCCCAGGAGCAGUCUCUAGCUCUCUGUGGCCCCGGGUCUGUCCAGGAUUUACCUCACUGCCCUCCAGGGUUCAACCUGAGCUCCCGCCUGAAUCCGGCACCCAUGCUUGGCCUCCAGAGUGGCCAAAGAUCAACCAAACCUCAGAGGGAGCUGAGCCCUGAGGAGCAGCAGGAGCUCAGGAGGAAGAUCAAUAGCAGGGAGAGGAAGCGGAUGCAGGACUUGAACAUCGCCAUGGAUGCCCUGAGGGAGGUCAUGGUGCCUUAUGCCUCCUCACCAUCCUCUGCCUCCUCCUCGCAGUCCCACCAGCCCGGAGCUCCUCCAGGCCGCCGGCUCUCCAAGAUUUCCACCCUGGUCCUGGCCAGAAACUACAUCCUCCUCCUGGGCUCGUCUCUACAGGAGAUGCGGCGGCUGCUGGGGGAGGUGAGCAUGGGGAUGGGGGUGAACACGGGGCCAGUCCCUCGGCUUCUGCUCACUGGAGGCUGGCCCCUCAUUUCUGGCCCCAGUCAGCUCCUCCUCACCCAGGAGUCCCUCCUCACUUCAGCAGCCUCCUCCUCCUCCUCUUCCUCCACUUCAUCGUCCUCUGCUGCUAAAUGUUCCCUGUUGUCUCCGGGCCCCAUGGAGGCCUCGCUGGCUCCUGUGCAGUGGAGCUCUGCAGGGGCCUCAGGAGGGCCCAUGUGCCCCUGUGGAGUCUGCAGACUGCCCAGAUUUAGCCACUCCACUCCGGCUCCAAGAUUCCCAAAGUGACACCUUGAAGAGGAUUUCACAAGAACAGACUUGAUUUUUUAAAACAUAUGAAUUGUUAUUUGACAUUUUUAAAAAAUGUUUAUAAUAAUUUACUGCAACUACUCACAAUUAUCAUUGAUUUUUUUAAACCCAGUGGAUCUAUUCUGUAGUUGGUAAGACCUUUUUUGUUUCGGAGAUAAGUUGCAUUUUACUUCUCUUAUAUCACAAACAGAGAAACAAGUGACUCCUUUAAUGCCUCUGUCUACAAGUGUAAGCAGUAAUGACCGUGUGGUGCAUUUCAUUUCAGUGUUGGAUGAGAGAUGGUGACAAUUUAAUGGCGUAAAACAUCUGGAAAGGGCCAAAAUCAAGGACUAAAUAAAAAUGAUCAAAUAUAAAAGCUCUCUCAGACAUUUCUCAGUUUAAUAUUGUGAGCGGUGACGUCAUUAUUAGCUGCCAAAGUAGUUUUAGUGAUUUCACAUGAGAGAUUCUUGUUCUUGUGGGUUUUUUUUGCCUGUGCUCCUGGUGUGUGCAGGGCUGUGUUAUUGAAUGAUGAUGUCAUGUAUUUCCACACACUAAUUACAAUUAAGCAAUAUACUCUGAUGACAGUUUGUUGCUUGUUUAUUUUCAACCUUUCAUUUUUGCUUACUGAGCGAUCGAUAUUUAAUAAUAGGCUCAGAGUUAUACAGGUUUUCUACCUACGCAUGUGUUUGAAUGCUCAGAUGUGUGAAUUUAUAUUUAUUUGAUGUGUAUUUUAGUUUGUGUGUGUGUGAAGUGUGUGUUGGGUAUAAGUUGUGAAAAAGACAAAUCACAUGACUAAAGUGAACAUUGGUUUUUGUAUGUUUGGAGCAGUUGUGGUCUAAAGAAAAGUAGACUUGUAGCUGGAGCACGGGUGUAGCACUGGACCCAGUACAUACACACUCUCUCCUCCACACAUCCACAGUUCAUUCAUUCCAGUAUGGGCCCAGUCCUACACCCCCCGUCUGGGAUGUUAACUGGUUUGAUCUUCAGACCAGAGAGAUAAACUGGGGAAAGUGAAAGCGCAGCACUCAUCCCUCCUUCAGCAUUGUAUAUAGGUAUAAGCAAAGCAACUACUCCAGUGGAAUAAAAGUGCAAAACACGUCUGGAUUAAUGAAACUUUGGAAAAGUGACAGCAUUAGAUACACUCUAUAACAGAGAGUACUUUUAAUUAGAACAGUUCCACGAAUGUCGAAUCUUUUGUUUAAGUAACAGCAGGAUUCCAAAGUCACCGACACGAGUCUUCAGAACAGUACAUGUAUGUUUAAUACUGGAGUUACUGAGGAGCUGACACGAGUGCUUCCCAGACUGUUCCUCUGUGUGCAACAUGUGUGUCAGAUGUUCCUCCAAUCAGCAGGCAGACUGCUCCUGUCAUCUCUGUUCUCACAUGAAAAAUCCAGUAUUUUCUAUCGAGCAUAAAGUGACAUCAUUUAACAAACUGUUUUUUAAAAACUUGUUUAAAAUUGUUGUGUCAAGCGUCACAACGUCAAAUCACAUUCAUAGAUUACUCCUCUGUUUUUCCAGUUACUUUUGAGCAAGAAAUGUGAUUGCUUCAUGGAUUAUGGUAACUUUCCCUCAAGUGAAUGAAGCGCUACAUUCAUGUACCUUAGUGGAAGUGGAAAGUGGGUGUGCAAGGUGACCCCAGAGUCGAGGGU